CCCCUUUUUUUUUUUUUUUCCCAAUCGACUUCCGAUUGCAUCAUCUCAACCUUGAAUCAUACUCUUUUCAUCCAUCCCCAAAUCUACCAAGGUUUUGGUCCACCUUUUCCGCCCUCAAAAAUGUCACGACGUCGCCCAAAGUUAAAGCAGCAGCAGCAGGCCUGUCUCUCCCUUUCUCGGGCAGCGCGUCCUCCAACAGUGUUUGUGAUGCUUUUGGACCUGUGUGUGAUGAGAUGAUCUAAAAUGUCAGUUCUCUAUAUGGGUUUUUCUUUAACUGAUGACCUUGAGAUGAAAGAAGGGGUGGUGGUUCAAUUGAAAGACGACUCCGGUUUUGAUUUGGAACCGGAGUUUGAGUUUUGGCCGGUUCAACACCCAACCGAACCUUCCCAUGAAGAUAGACCGGUUCAGUGUCCUAUCCCUCACUCUUCCCACCUCAUCAAUGAUGAAAGAAUGCAGGAUGAUCGGUUUUCAGAUCGGAAGAGACCGGAAGUUACAGAACCACCGGCGGCCACCAUUAGAACAGUUCGGAAAAGGCAUCACGACCACACAGAUACAAUCGCACCAUUGCUGCAAACGCCGACUGUGGCUGUUUAUCCUCAUUUGCAUCAGAAGAUGAAUACGACUGUUUUCAAUAAGUUUCAUCAAGUUCACAGCUUGGAUUUUCCGGCGAUAUCGUCUUCAAUCCCAUCAUUUUCUGGCGACAACGACUUCAACUACGAUUUUCCGGCGUCGAUGGAACGGAAUUUCCCCAACAUUUUCGCCGAUUGA